AUGGAGGCAAAGAAGAGGAAACGUGAAGACGACAGCAAAAUGAACGAAAAGAGAGUGAAGGAAGACGGAGUACCAAACGGAAAUCAGCAGGAAGUAGAGGAGGAGGAGGUGGCUGUCAAGUACUUUGAGAAGACUGACAGAAGGAGGUGGAUGCCGGUUUUAGAGACAGAAGAUUUCAAAGAAGUUAACGACGAUCUUGACAGAGAGCAGGAAGAGGGUAACUCAUUUGAUCAGAAUUCGGGUUUGGAUCUGAAUUUGGAUCCAAAUCCGAAUGAGUGA